AUGCAGAUCUUCGUUAAGACUCUCACCGGAAAGACGAUCACCCUCGAGGUGGAGAGCUCUGACACGAUCGACAACGUGAAAGCCAAGAUCCAGGACAAGGAAGGGAUUCCUCCGGAUCAGCAGAGGCUCAUCUUCGCCGGAAAGCAGCUGGAAGACGGCCGGACUCUAGCCGACUACAACAUCCAGAAGGAAUCCACGCUUCACUUGGUCUUGCGUCUCCGCGGUGGUAUGCAGAUCUUUGUCAAAACCCUCACCGGCAAGACGAUCACACUCGAGGUCGAGAGCUCCGACACCAUCGACAACGUCAAGGCUAAGAUUCAAGAUAAGGAGGGAAUCCCACCGGACCAGCAGAGGUUGAUCUUCGCCGGAAAACAACUCGAGGAUGGCCGCACUCUUGCCGACUACAACAUCCAGAAGGAGUCAACCCUUCAUCUUGUCUUGCGUCUCCGUGGUGGUAUGCAGAUCUUCGUGAAGACUCUCACCGGAAAAACAAUCACGCUUGAAGUGGAGAGCUCUGACACAAUCGACAACGUCAAGGCUAAGAUCCAGGAUAAGGAGGGAAUCCCACCGGAUCAGCAGAGGUUGAUCUUCGCCGGCAAGCAGCUUGAGGACGGUCGUACCUUGGCCGAUUACAAUAUCCAAAAGGAGUCUACGCUUCACUUGGUCUUGCGUCUCCGUGGUGGAAUGCAGAUCUUCGUGAAGACCUUGACCGGCAAGACAAUCACAUUGGAAGUUGAGAGCUCCGAUACCAUUGAUAAUGUGAAGGCGAAGAUCCAGGAUAAAGAAGGUAUUCCUCCGGACCAGCAGCGUCUCAUCUUCGCUGGGAAACAGCUUGAGGAUGGUCGCACAUUGGCUGACUACAAUAUCCAGAAGGAGUCGACGCUUCAUUUGGUCUUGCGUCUCCGUGGAGGUAUGCAGAUUUUCGUCAAGACGUUGACCGGGAAGACGAUCACACUGGAGGUGGAGAGCUCUGACACCAUUGAUAAUGUGAAGGCUAAGAUUCAGGACAAGGAAGGCAUUCCUCCGGAUCAGCAGAGGUUGAUCUUUGCGGGUAAGCAGCUUGAGGAUGGUCGCACACUUGCUGAUUACAACAUUCAGAAAGAGUCGACUCUCCACUUGGUCCUCCGUCUUCGUGGUGGUUUCUGA